GUUGCAUUUAGGACUAAGGUAUUCCACCCAAAUAUUAACAGCAAUGGAAGCAUAUGUCUGGAUAUUCUUAAAGAACAGUGGAGCCCAGCACUAACCAUUUCCAAGGUGCUGUUGUCCAUAUGCUCCCUGUUGACGGACCCCAACCCCGACGAUCCGCUUGUCCCUGAAAUUGCUCACAUGUACAAGACCGACAGAGCUAAGUAUGAAGCCACUGCUCGCAGCUGGACACAGAAGUACGCCAUGGGAUGAUGGCGGAUGCUCGCGAGCAUCUACAAGCAUGAGAUGAUGGUUUCAUCUCCUUCAGGUAAAAGAAGGGAAAAGGACUCGAUGUUGGCAAGGAACUUUGUUGUCAUUUUGUGAAUAUUAUUUGAAGACAUUUAGGGGAUUGGAAAACUGUAAUGUAAUGUUUGUUAAGCGAAUGCUCUGCUUGUUGUUCUACAACUCAUAUAUGAUUGAUUCAGAAAAUAAUUUAUGUUUUGUGGGCACGAUUCCUACAACACAAAUUGCAAUUUU